AAGGAAAUAAAAACGACAAGCAACCCAAGCGGAGAGGCGUGAGGACGGUGUUGUUGGGUUGGGCGAUCGGAUAACGGAUGACGCCGAGGUGCUCUCCACCAUUGGAACCCUAAACUGGCCAAGUUGCUUCCUCCAAGAUCUUCGCUUCUUCCCCGCUCUCCUCCCUCCGCUCCCUCUCCUCCGCGCGGAUGGACGUCUUUCGCGUGGGAAUGUCGCCGGCCUUCGUCUCCGUGGCGUCGCCCUCCACCGCUUCUCUCUACGCCCGGCAGCCCCUCCUCUUUCGGGUGUCCGCUGCGCUGCCUCGAUGCUCCUCCCGUCACUCGGGUCUGAACUCCUCAGUCGGUCGCCGCGCCGGCACUCCCUUCGCUGCUGCCCUGACGGCCUCCCCAGCCGGCGAUGUCACCUCUGCUGAAGAUUCUUCUGCUAGAGUUGAGAAUCUGGUGAUUAUUGGCUCUGGUCCAGCUGGAUAUACAGCAGCUAUCUAUGCUGCUCGUGCAAAUUUAAAGCCAGUUGUUUUUGAAGGAUAUCAAGUAGGUGGUGUUCCAGGAGGGCAGCUAAUGACUACUACAGAAGUUGAAAACUUUCCAGGGUUUCCUGAUGGAAUAACUGGUCCUGAUCUAAUGGAUAGAAUGCGCCGGCAAGCUGAACGAUGGGGUGCUGAACUUUUUCAAGAAGAUGUCGAAUUUCUUGAUGUAAAGAGUAGUCCUUUCACUGUCCGCAGUAGCGAACAUGAGGUAAAAUGCCACAGCCUUAUCAUAGCAACAGGAGCCAAUGCUAAGAGACUGUGGUUGCCUCGUGAAGACGAAUUUUGGAGUCGAGGGAUCAGUGCUUGUGCAAUAUGUGAUGGAGCAUCUCCGUUGUUUAAGGGGCAAGAUUUGGCGGUCGUUGGAGGUGGUGACACAGCUACUGAGGAGGCAAUAUACUUGACCAAAUAUGCUGGCCAUGUACACUUGCUUGUUAGAAAAAACGAACUGCGGGCAUCUAAAGCAAUGCAGGACAGAGUACUCAACAAUCCAAAUAUCACGCUGCACUACAAUACUCAAGCUGUGGAUGUCGUUAGCAAUAGCAAAGGCCAGAUGUCUGGAGUUCUAACAAAAAGAGUUGAUACAGGCGAAGAAUCAGUACUUGAGGUUAAAGGACUAUUCUAUGGUAUAGGUCAUACUCCAAACAGCCAGUUGUUAGAAGGUCAAAUUGAACUUGACCAUUCUGGAUAUAUCAUAGUCAAGGAAGGCACUGCAAAAACUUCAGUUCAAGGUGUCUUUGCUGCUGGUGAUGUACAGGAUCAUGAAUGGAGGCAAGCCAUAACUGCUGCUGGUUCUGGAUGUAUUGCUGCUUUAUCUGUUGAAAGAUAUCUAGUCUCCAACGGUCUACUUGUUGAGUUUCAUCAGCCUGUACCUGAAGAGGUCAAGAAGGAACUUACAGACAAGGAUGUAGAAAUGGGCUUUGAUAUUACAAGGACAAAGCAUAAAGGACAGUAUGCGCUACGGAAGUUAUACCAUGAAAGUCCUAGAUUGUUGUGUGUUCUAUAUACUGCACCAACAUGUGGUCCAUGUCGUACACUGAAACCUAUUUUAAGCAAGGUGAUUGAUGAAUUUGAUCUGGAUGUGCACUUGGUUGAAAUUGACAUUGAGGAAGACCCUGAAAUUGCAGAAGCAGCUGGAAUUAUGGGAACACCUUGUGUUCAAUUUUUCAAAAACAAGGAAAUGAUCAGGACUAUCUCAGGUGUGAAAAUGAAGAAGGAAUACCGGGAAUUUAUUGAGGCUAACAAAUGAAUUAAACACAUUUCCAGCUUAAAUAGUCUUUUUUUAAUAAUGUUUCGCCCUUCCAUCCCAAAAGGCCAAUUUUUUCAGUCACAGAAUCCAAGUAUGUAGGAAUGCUCAGCGUACAACAUGAAUGGCUUUCCUAAGGCAAUUUAGUUUAUUGUAAAUUCAGACUCUGAUCUUGAGGCAAUGUUCAGCGUACAACAUGAAUGCCUUUCCUAAGGCAAGUUAGUUUACUGUAAAUCCAGUUCAAGAUUCAGCAAUGCAUUAACAUUAUUAUGUUUU